AAAAUGUUUCGGUUUCCUAAAGAAGAAGGGAGACAGCGAGCAUAGAUCACCGCUGUUAAGAAAGGUUUGGCAGCCAGGAAAGAAUUCAAGGAUCUGUAGAUAACAUUGUAUACAUUAAUUUUACACAAUAACGUUAGUUCAGUGUAAUAGUUGUUCCACGUUAGAUAUGAUAUCUGAACAAAGCAAUGAAGACAUGGAAUCUAAACUCAGUCAGCUGGAAUGCCUUUUUACAUGGCAGGUGGAAAAAUCAGACAUUGGAAAUUUUGACUUCUUUCCAAAAUAUCUUCUUAACAAAAUAAAAUCUGGCCAACAUAAGUAUCAUGCCACAUAUUUCAACAUUCUGGCAUUUGUCAGCCACUUGGAAGGCAAAACCGAGAGAUCACUGGAUUAUCUUCAACAAGCUGAGUCAGCACUGAAGGUUGAUAAUCGAAAGAAAGAUGCAGACUACCUGGUGACCUUCUCCAGCUUUGCAUGGGUACACUAUCACUUGCACAACCUUGAUGAUGUGGAAAAAUACCUAAACAAGGUGAAAAAUAUAUGCAGGGACAUACCAGGUUCAUCUGAGUACUCCUGCAACCUCCCCUUAAUACAUGGAGAGAAAGCGUGGACCUUUAUAAGGCUCGGCAGGUCAUUUUAUGAACGAGCAAAGGAGAGUUUCUGCAAGGGUCUUGAAGCAGAACCAGAAAACGAAUUGUGUAAUCUUGGCUAUGCAAUAGUGCUAUACAGAAUAGAAGGCAUGAAAAAAAGGGCAAUAAGUGCAGAAGACAGUAAAACAGUCACGCAACUCAGAAAAGCUCUCAGUCUGCAACCCACAAAUCCUCUAGUCAUGGUGCUGUUGGCCUUGAAACUCCAGUGUUUAAAGAGAGAGGAAGCCCAGAAGCUUAUAAAGGAGGCUCUCAAAUUGUCCCCUGAUGUCCCACAGGUGAACAGACAUGUUAGUAAAUACUUCAGAGCAGAAGGCUCCAUUAAGGAAUCGCUGUCUAUCCUUGAGAAAGCAGUCGAGUUGACCCCAAACUCCACAUUUCUGCAUAAUCAAAUCGGUCUUUGCCAUAAACAGCUGCUUAUCGAGAUGUUAUCUCAGAGGAGGCCUGGAAGACGCUUUCCUGCCACUCAAAUAUCUGCUAAGGCAGCCGAGUGUAUCCGACACUUUUCAAAGGCCGUAGAGCUAAAGCCUUCUAACAUUUACGCCCAAGUGAAUCUUGCAGAGGCCUAUGGGGAGAACUGGAGAGAACUCGGAGACGCAGAGGAGAUAUUUACCAGGCUGCUAAAUGACACAUCUCUCAGCGACAAUGAAAAACAGCACUGCCACACGUGCUAUGGUGUGUUUUUGCUCUACAAGAGAAAGGAUGAAGACACAGCAGUCUGUCAAUUCAAGAUUGCGUACAAAAUUCCAAUAGACAGCUAUGACAGAAAACAAGCGGGCAAGAAGCUCAGACAGAUAGCGGAGAGGAAUCUCAACAACAAUCGCAAAGUCAGAGAGUCAUUCAAGAUUUUGGCCUUUGUAUCUUCUGAAGACAAACAAGAGGCACAAGCGGCGAUGUAUCUUCAGAGGGCCCAGCAGAACUCAGAAAGUGAUGAGCUAUCAGAAACUUUCGCCAAAGGACUGAGGCUGAAACCCUAACUGAACUUUAGUUGUAAUGUACAUAAAUUGAAUAAGUCUGGAGGUAGGGGCGUCGUACCCGUGGGGGACUUUUCCUGGUGAGAGGGUUCAACACCCACACUUUUUAUGCAGUUUUGCAAGAACGCCUUACUAAAGUCGCUCCUCCGUUUCUCUGGCCGGCGGCCGCUCUGUUGUGUGUCUGCUGCGCUGCCUCCUCUCCCCCUCCCCUCUCAAACAUGACGCUGGCUUUGAGUGUUACCGGCUGAUGAUUGGCUGUUCUGCCUUAAGUCCCGCCUCUCUUGGUGAGUUAGAUUGAUCGGUCAGCUUGCGCUGAGGAGGCGGAAACUUAUGUUUAUUUACAUCUCCCUUUUUCAGGUAGGCUACUUUGAAUGAGUGUUUAAAAAACGUUAUUAAACACUUUAAUCAACUCGAUGUAUGCGUUUGAGAUUUUUGAAUAAGCUUGAUAUGUGUUUGGGACUAAUGCUAAAUUCGGUCAUGUAGAAGACUAUGGGGCAUGCAUUGUAUAACCUGUGAUGAAGGCAGGGAAUUGACGAGUAUGAGGGACAAAUUGCCAUUGUUAAGCAGUGUAUUUAUGGGUUUAUUGCUAGUGCAAUCGAUUUUGAUAUUUUGAGCAUUGUUUGUUGAUUAGAUGAAUACUUUGUUAAUACUACAUGUUGUGUAUGAUAGUAGCCUACUUGUUGAGGAGAAAAAAUGAGAAAUGAUGACAUAGUUCUUCAACAGGUAUGCAAACAAUGAAAGAAAAGUGUAGCCUAUAUUAUUUUAAUUUAAAAACUGUAAAUUGUUACAUUAUUUAGACCACCAGAGAAAAGCUUUUUAGGGCACAAGUAAGCAAAAUUUAGCAGUCACAGUCCUGCCAGACCCAUGUCACUAUCAAGUUUACCACUAUCAAUAACUAAGAUACAGAAAAGAAAGAGGCAGGAGAAGAUUGCCACAUUUUUCAAGAGAAAUCCUGUAAGUGAAGUUGAAAGUUGAUAAUGUUGACAUUAAACAACAGUAGCCUAUUACCAUUAUAUAUUGUUGCAUUAAUUUAAUAUAUUACUUUUCAAAUUUCACUAAGGUUUGCUAGUACCACAGCCUUAUUCCUUUAUCACUGCACCCUUGUUUAGGAGAGGAGGUUGCUGGAGGCAUCAGUUUAAGAGAGAGCACAGGAAGGUUCACAGGUGAGCAAUGAAAAAUGAAUGUUACAGUUUGAGAAAAAGGUCUAUGAAGGAAAGGGUGUGUUUGUGUCAUGGGUGGUGCUUAAUUCUAUCCCAGGUGCACGUACGCGUGUUUCUGGUGUGUUAUAUCAAAUGUAAAAUGUUAUCCAUCCUCCACACUUUUGAAAAGCUUGCUACGCCCCUGUCUGGAGGGUGGUACAGUUGCCUCAAGAAGGUCCCCGGUUUAAGAUCCUUCUGAGUCAGGAAGAGGAGUCUUUGUCUUCCACCAGUCAAAAAAUAGAAUCUGAAUAGAAGUAAAUUGGAAUUAUCCGUUCCCAGAUUACCUAUGUGUAGAUUAACUUGUGUAGAUCAAUUUGUGUGUAGAUCAACCAGUUUUUGUAUGAAUAUACCCAUAGAUGCUGGUACACAGUUAAUAAUAAAUGAAUUCCUGAAUUGUUUGUUAAAUAAAUGAAUAUGUUAAUCAAUAUUAUGUAUAUUACUAAUAAAUAUUAGUUAUUCUCUUAUAUAUUACAAGUAAAUAGCUGUCUAAACAUUUGUAAAUGUGUCUUCAGCAUGCAUAGCAAACUUGUCUUUAUUUAAAUAUAAUUUUUAUAUAUUUUCUAUUAUUUAAAUAUUCCAUAACUUAUCCUCUAGCACUCUUACUCUUAACCAGGGUUUCAGUUUCUAUUUUGAAGUCGAUCCUCCCCUCUCUAUAAAGCAGGACCUGGACCAUCUUCUAUAUCACACAGAAGAACAUUUAUCAUUCAAACGUCCAACGUGAGUUAAGUGUCUGGCUAUAACAUCUCAAAAAAAAUUGUAGUUUAAAUAAGAGCUAAACAUUUUGGGGCAGUUUUAGAUUAUUCAAGAACUAGGCCUUAGUAAUAUUUGUUUUGUAACAUAUUUUACAAAAAAACAUUAUUGGUGUGCAUCUUAAGACUAAAUAAUGGCACCAAUAUAAGCAAUAAGGUACGAGAGGCUGUGCUGUAU